AUGACUUAUACAAUUCAACAAUCAUCUAUGAAUCAUAUUGAUUUAAAAAUGAAAGAAAUUGACGAACAAAACAAUCUAUGGAAGAAACAAGUUCAGCAUGAUAAUGAAUCACAAUCAUUGAUGAUAAGUCCAGUAAGAUUUGGUGUUUGGAAAAAAUCCAAACGUAAUGGUAAACAUAAACGUAACAAACAUCGUCGAAAACUUAACCGUCAUAAGAAAAUUUUACAUUAUCUAUAA